AUGUCGCUCGAAGCCACGAUGAUCAUUAUCGAUAAUAGCGAAAGCAGCAGAAAUGGCGACUACCUCCCCACAAGAUUCGAGGCUCAAGCAGAUGCUGUAAACAUGAUUCACUCCGCAAAGACACAGGCACACCCACAAUCAGCUGUUGGAUUAAUGAGCAUGGGAGGCAACGGGCCAGAGGUUCUGGUUACCCUGACUGAAGAUAUUGGCGGGAUUCUAGAAGGUCUUCACCGGACAAAGAUUGGCGGAACUGCACACCUGGCCUCCAGCAUACAAGUUGCAUAUCUAGCACUUAAACACCGAAAAGAAAAGGCCCAAAGACAGCGAAUUAUCGUCUUCUCCUGCUCCCCGGUUGUCGAAGACGAAAAAUCGUUUGUCAAGCUAGCGUUGAAAAUGAAGAAGAACAAUGUUAGCAUCGACUUUAUUGCAUUCGGCGAACUUGAUUCAGAUACAACGAAGAAGCUAGAGGCUUUCCACCAGGCUGUCAACAGUGGAAACGGAUCUAAUCUUGCUAUCAUACCCCCUGGUCCCAACCUUCUUAGUGACUCGAUCAUCGCAACCCCGAUCCUCGGAGGAGACGGCACUGGUGUAGGGCGGGGUGAGGAAGGAGGCGAUUCUGGCACAGGAUUUGAAUUUGGAAUCGACCCUUCUGCCGAUCCUGAGCUGGCGUUUGCUCUACGCAUGUCGUUGGAGGAAGAAAAAGCCAGAUUAGAGAAGGAGAAGCAGGAAAAAGAAAAACAGGAGAAGGAUUCUAUGGAUAAAAUUCCAGAAGAAGGUGGAGAGGCCAGCGGCAGCGGAAGCGGGAAGAAGAGCGAUGACAAGAAGAAGGAAGGUGACGGGGAUAAGAUGGAUACGUCGUGA